AUGGCUUUCAAAUUCACAGGCCCAGGAAGAAGGUUGAGAAACAUCUUGGUAUCAGGGACGCCCAAAUACAUCAUUCCCAUAUGCUCCCUGUUUCAAUGUAUUCUGUGUGCAAUCUGGCUGCCAAUUUCUCCUCCAUUUGUUGAUUUUGAUGAACAUUCUGAGCAUGGAAACAUUAUCCUUGUAUGUAACAAGGGCUCAGUUACUUCAUUCCACUGUGUCCUGGGAUAUUUGGCCUGUCUGGCACUUGGAAGNUUCACUGUGGCUUUCUUGGCAAGGAAUCUACCUGACACAUUCAAUGAAGCCAAAUUCCUGACCUUCAGCAUGCUAGUGUUGUGUAGUGCCUGGGUUACCUUCCUCCCAGUCUACCAUAGCACCAAGGGCAAUGUCAUGGUUGCUAUGCCAUCCUCUGUGUGCAGUGCAGAUUGUAAUCCUGGAUUCAGAAGAUUAUGGAAGGAGGGAAUGGCAAUCUGCUGUUUUGUUUUCAGCCCCUGUCCUGAAAAUGAAAUUUCUAAUGAGACAAAUAUGUGUUUUUCUUGCNNNNAAUACCAAUAUGCCAACACUGAACAGAACAAAUGUAUUCAGAAAGGUGUCACCUUUCUAAGCUAUGAAGACCCUUUGGGGAUGGCACUUGCCUUAAUGGCCUUCUGUUUCUCUGCAUUCACAGCUGUGGUACUUUGUGUCUUUGUGAAGCACCAUGACACUCCUAUUGUGAAGGCCAAUAACAGAUGCCUCAGCUACCUAUUACUCAUGUCACUCAUGUUCUGUUUUCUGUGCUCCUUUUUCUUCAUUUGCCUUCCAAACAGAGUCAUCUGUGUCUUACAGCAAAUCACAUUUGGAACAGUAUUCACUGUGGCUCUUUCCACAGUUCUGGCCAAAACAGUCACUGUGGUUCUGGCUUUCAAAGUCACAGAUCCAGGAAGAAGAUUGAGAAACUUCCUGGUAUCUGGGACACCCAACUACAUUAUUCCCAUAUGUUCCCUAAUCCAAUGUGUUCUGUGGAUCUGGCUAGCAGUAACUCCUCCCUUGGUUGAUAUUGAUGAACACACUCUCCAUGGCCACAUCAUCAUUGUGUGCAACAAGGGCUCAGUUACUGCAUUCUACUGUAUCCUGGGAUAUUUGGCCUGCCUGGCACUUGGAAGCUUCUCUGUGGCUUUCUUGGCCAAGAAUCUGCCUGACACAUUCAAUGAAGCCAAGUUCUUGACCUUCAGCAUGCUAGUGUUCUUCAGUGUCUGGGUCACCUUCCUCCCUGUCUACCAUAGCACCAAGGGCAAGGUCAUGGUUGCUGUGGAGAUNUUCUCCAUCUUGGCAUCCAGUGCAGGGAUGCUUGAAUGUAUUUUUGUACUCAAGAUUUAUAUCAUUUUAAUGCAACCAGAGAGAAAUUCUACCCAAAAGAUAAGGGAAAAAUCAUAUUUCUGA